AUGGAUGCUCCUUCUUGGGCCGCAUGCGCCAUCACUUGCCUCGCCGCUACCUUCCUCCUCCUCCUCCUUCUCCCCGGCCACCUCCGCCGCCGCAAACUUAAGCUACCGCCUGGCCCAAAACCUUGGCCCGUCAUCGGAAACCUCAAUCUCGUUGGCCCACUCCCUCACCGCUCCUUGCACGAUCUCUCUCGGAUAUACGGGCCCAUCAUGAAGCUCAAGGUCGGGUACUACAACAUGGUGGUGUGCUCUUCCGCAGACAUGGCCAAAGCUGUUCUCAAGACCUACGACACUGCAUUCGCAUACCGGCCCCAGCUCGCCGCAGGCAAGUACACAGCGUACAAUUACUCCAACAUGGUGUGGACGCCCUACGGGCCCUAUUUUCGGCAGGCCCGUAAAAUCUUCCUAGCGCAUUUGUUUGCUGCCGCAAGGCUUCAAUCGUUUGAGUAUAUAAGAGUGGAGGAGAGGAGGGUGCUUAUCAGAAAUUUGUUCGAGGCCAAGGGCCAGCCAGUGAAUUUGCAGGACCAUCUUUUAGAUCUUACUCUCAAUGUGAUCAGUCGCAUUGUCUUGGGGAAGAAGUACACAGAAAAGUCCGAGAGCUCCAGUAUUGUGUCGCCGGAGGAGUUCAAAAAGAUGAUCGCCGAGUGGUUCGUGCUCAAUGGGGUUGUAAAUAUGGGCGAUUUCGGACCUUGGCUGGAUUUUCUCGACUUGCAGGGUUACAUCAAGCGAAUGAAGGCCGUGAGCAAAAAGUUUGAUAGGUUCUUGGAGCAUGUGUUGGGUGAACAUGAGGCUAGGAGAGUCGGAGUCGAGGGUUACGAGGCCAAGGACAUGGUGGAUGUGUUAUUGCAACAGGUCGACGAUCCUAAUCUUGAGGUGAAGAUCGAAAGGGAUGGGGUCAAGGCCUUGAUCGAGGACUUGAUACUUGGUGGAACAGAUACCUCGGCAAUGUCCAUGGAGUGGGCAAUCUCCGAGCUCCUAAAGAACCCUCGGAUAAACGACGAGGCAACACGAGAGCUCGACAGCGUAAUCGGAAGGGAGAGAUGGGUUCAAGAAGCGGACCUCGUGAACCUGCCUUAUAUAAACGCCAUUGUUAAAGAAACAAUGAGAUUGCACCCAGCGGCGGCACUUCUCGCCCGCUUUGCAAGCCGUGACUGUAAGGUCUCCGGGUACGACAUACCCAAGGGCACAAGGGUCGUAGUAAGUGCAUGGAGCAUUAUGAGAGAUCCUGAGUAUUGGGACAACCCUGAAAAGUUCAUGCCCGAGAGGUUCAUUGGGAAUGCGAUCGACGUGACGGGAAAUGACUUCGAGCUCCUGCCGUUCGGGUCCGGUAGGAGAAUGUGCCCGGGUUAUAGUUUCGGGCUCAAAGUGAUUCCUACAGGUCUAGCCAACAUCAUACACGGGUUCAUAUGGAAAUUGCCCGAGGCUAUGACCAGGGAGGACUUGAACAUGGAAGAGGAUCCCGGGCUAAUCAACCCAAAGAAGAUCCCACUGGUCGCUGUUGGGGAGCCAAGGCUGCCGCUUCAUCUUUAUUGA